AUGGAUAUAACAGAAGAAACGCCAGAGUCCAGCUUAAAGGAUCGAAGAUCAAAGCAAGAGCGACAUAGAUCGCCCAAACGCACACCGCUUAGAAUUUUAAUAAUUGAGCCGAGCGGGAAAUAUUGUAGAAGUGUCUGGUGUGCCAUUGGUCUAGGAGCUGUUCAUAUCUUCAUUGGAGCUACUGUGAUGUCUGUUAUCAUCUUCUCCAUCAAGGUGGGAGACACCCAUGCUGCUUUGUGCACUAUUGCUAUGCGUAUGAUUAUAAUAGACCCCGUUGGCGAGUACUGGAAUGUUGUACUUUGCGCUGUGGCGAUUGGUAUAUCGCAAUUGUUGAUAGGAGGUGUAACAACAACAUUGUUGGUGUUUAUUUUAAAGACGAACAGUGAUAUCCACGUGCCUUUGUGUGUUUUUGGAUAUCAUUUUUUCUCAGCGGAGGCGAUACUGAGUUUGAACUAUGCAAAUGGAUGGUCCACCCCUAUGAGAUUGAGGCAUAGAAGAUUGACGCACAUGCUGCUACAAUUGUGCGCUAUGGCCUUGGCUAUAACGGGAACUGUGCUCAUUACGAUGGACAAGGGAAUCUCCAGGAGUGCACACGGUUUAACUGGUAAUUGA